CAGUUUCUAGAUCAAUCAGGACAAGAUUUAGCACAGUGUUGUUAUCGUCUUUUUGAUUCAGAUCUGUUCCAAAACAAUACUCUCAGCAUCACUUCCACCAUUAGUGAUCGUGCAGUCCAGAACCAAGCCGAAGAGGAUUUAUGGGUUACAUAUCAUUUUCUUUACUAUGCGGGCAUGGUAACACCCAAGGCCUAUAAUUGGAUGCUAACCAGCGAGUUCUUUGCAAAACUCAAGUAUCAAAUUUUGCGGAUGGGUGGCAUGCGCCUACAACCUCUUGCUAUCACUUUAAUGUAUGAGAUCUGUCGGGUUCAAUCUUUGAAACCCCAAGAGUUAGCGAUUUUGGAUGAAGAUUUCCUUCAUUACUUGCUGGAUCUCGUGGAGCGGACGAGGACGGAUGAGGAUGAAGGAGUAAACUAUAGCAUUAUCAAGCUACUAUUAACAUGUAAUGAGCAAUUCAUGUUGAACCAAACAGCUUGCAAGGCUGCUUACAAUUAUACACCUUCCAACACUCUACUUGUUGUCCUGGCAGACCGACCUGGUGCAAGCUGUACAUUUGGCGAAAACCUAAUCUUUAUGUUAAACCGAGCAGAUGAUCCAUCUCUUCAAAUGUUAAUUCUCAAGCUUCUCUAUCUCCUCUUCACAUCGCCGAAAAUACAACUUCGGCACUUCUUUUAUACCAAUGAUCUACACGUACUUGUGGAUGUAAUCAUUCGAGAGCUUUGGGACCUACCUGAGGAACAGGAGCCAAUCCGGCAUGCUUACCUUCGAGUUUUGGGGCCAUUGCUCAAGAACAGUCAACUCGCACAGGAGCAGGAUACAUAUAAACGUCCGGAAAUCCUCAAGCUAUUGGCACAGUUGGGUGGUGAAGAGAUGGAUGAAUCAUUGAGACAGCAUUUAUGGGAACAGGAGAUGAGGGAAUUAGAGAAGCUACAGGCAGAGAACGAAAAUAGAAAGUUGACCUAUCGCGAUCGACAGAGCAGCAAUGCCACUAUUGCAUCUACAUCUACAUCCUCAACUACAUCUACGCCACUUUCUUCUUUUUCUUCGCGUCCACAAAUGAGAAGCUCUAGCAUCAGCAGUUGUAGUUGCAGUAGUAGCAGUAGUAGUCUUUGUAGUAGUCCUAUCGUAGACAAAAAAACAGCACAUGCCAUUCAGAGACCAGCAUCUUCUUCUUCUGUAAGCAGUGCUGGGUCAGUGAUUCUCGAGAAUGUGUUGCCACCAACAAGUGGUCAUAGUAGCUGUCCUGUUCAUAUGCACAUGGCCUCACCACCAUCAACACCAGGAGCCAUAUCAGGAUUCAUUGAGCGACGAGAUUCAUCUCUACCUCCUCGAUCUGCCAGCCCAACAACUCAACGGUUGGUGGAGCGGGUGUUGCGGGAAUGGCUCGAGCAUGAACUCAAGGCUACUGCUGCUGCUGCUACUGCUGCUGCUGUAUCAUCUACCACCACUCACUGUUAAUUAGGAAAGAAGGGGAAAAAAAAAAAAGCGCCACACCUUUACUUCUUUUUGUAAUAUAUAAUGAUUAAUUCAAUCAGUCUCACUCUUCUGAUGCAUAAAAGCUUUACCAGC